AUGGCGGCCCUCUCAGACCAAGUCGACCCAAAACUAGAAGCCCACACAGAGCUAGUAAACUGGGUCAUCCAACAUGGCGGCGCAGUCUCCAAAACCGUGCGCAUCUCACAAGACGCCUCCCGCGGCGUGCACCUGCAAGUGAAAGCAGACCUGCCCUCCGCAAUCCCCAAAGAAACGAAGGUAAUCAACACCCCAAUUUCCGUGUCAAUGUCCUGGUACAACGCUGUAGGCUAUGAGUCUCCGCACGGCUCAUUCCCCAAAUACGGCGUUGACUUCCCGCGGUCCUGGAUCGAUCAGAUCGGUCCGGAGGAGACUUCUGCGUUCUUCCUCAUGGGACAGUAUCUGCGUGGAGAGGAGGGGUUCUGGUAUCCGUAUUUGAGGACUUUGCCGCAGCCGGGUCAGUUGACCACGCCGUUGUUCUUUGGGGAGGAGGAUGUGGAUUGGAUUCAGGGGACGGGGAUUCCGGAGGCUUCGGUUGAGAGGAUUAGGAUUUGGGAGAGGAAGUUUGACGAGGCGAUUACGCUUUUGGAGGAGAGUGGGUUUUUGGAUUGUGAGAGGUUUACUUGGGAACUGUAUCUUUGGGCUUCGACUAUCAUUACCUCCAGGGCUUUCUCGGCGAAGGUUCUGUCUGGGGCUGUCCAGCCUGAUGAUCUCCCUGAAGAUGGUAUCUCGGUGCUGCUACCGCUAAUUGAUCUCCCUAACCACCGGCCAAUGGCCAAGGUUGAGUGGCGGGCGGGUGACGAGGAUAUUGGUCUUAUUGUGCUUGAGGAUGUUGCUCCUGGUGAGGAAGUCUCGAACAAUUACGGUCCUCGCAAUAACGAACAAUUGUUCAUGAACUAUGGAUUCUGCAUCGCCGGUAACCCAACCGACUACCGCAUUGUCCAUCUGGGAGUGAAACCCGACAGCCCGCUCGGCCAAGCUAAGGCUCGUCAGCUAGAACUCUUCCCCCAGGCUGCCAAGAAUGUCGAGGAACACUACUACAUCUUCAACCCUUAUUACCCUUUCAUGGCUCCCGAAACACCAAUGGAGCACUCGAUCUUCUCGCCAGCAUUAUUCAACGCGUUGACGGUGAUGGAAUCAAACGUACGCGAGCGCAAAAUGCUCGAGAUCACCGAAGACACCAUUCGCAUCAUCCCGGGAUACGGAAAUAACCACAGCAUCUAUGCAGCCCUGGCACAGAUCAGCUUCGAGCUCAUAGCCCAUUCCACGAACCUAAAAGCCAGCGCAGAGGAUCUACCGGAACCCACCAAUCUAAACCACAUCCACUCCCAAAUCUACCGCAACGGCCAAAUCCUCAUAGAUGAGUCCGCCCUGAUCAUAGCCAGCUGGUGCAUCGCCCGCGGCCGAGAACACAAGCGCGGCGAAAGCUGGGAGGAUACCAAAGCCCUCCUCCACGAACUGAUGGAACGAUUCCCCGCGGGCCUUCUACCCGACGACGUUCUAUCCCGAAUCCGAGUCCGCAUCCUGGAACGUCCUUCACUGAUAACGAAGAACGGUGAGCUAUACAGACUGGGCGAGCUUUUCAGCCUCCUCCCGGCUGAAAUGCAGCAGCCGAGUCAGACUUGCUUCCAGCACAUCCUCGGCGAGGCGAGUCAGAAUGUCCCGCCCAUGGCGAGUGAUCCACAGUCGCUGUUCGCUACGGUUAUUUGCUUGUUGAUAGCGACUUAUAAUUCCCCUGAGGCACGGUCGAGAUUGCCAUCGAGGCUUAGUUGUUGGGUCGCUUUCCUGCUGGAACAAUAUCCUUUGCCUUCUGAUGCUGAGGGUGUGAGUGAGCCGCUUGAACUGUUUCAGGAGUAUGCUAAGGCGGUUAACCCGGCUUCGUGGGCCGCUGGUGACGGGGUCGAUUGGCUUGCUGAGGAUAGUGGGUGGUUGGAUGCGAAGUGGCUUCAUUGGGCUUGGAUUGUUGCUGGUGAGGAAAUGGUUAUGAUUCCACUUGAUCCAUUUGACAUUCUUAAAAUGGAGGGGUCAUUGUCUAUGUUGAAGCAGGCUUGUCUUUAUGUGCCGCAGGAAUAG